AUGGACGAAGUAUUUGACUUUAGAAAGCUCGAUCGUUCCUCUGAGAGGAAGAAAAAGAUUGCAGGAGAAUCCCGUUUGCCAAAAUCGAAUGGCUCCAAAAAUGAUCCUGUGUUUUGUGUUUCCACAGCGGGGGCGGGGAACAAGGCGGGCUGGGCGUUCGGUCUCGGCCUUGAGAGACUGGCGAUGGUUUUGUACGGCAUCCCGGACAUCCGUCUGUUCUGGAGUCAGGACGAGCGCUUCCUCAAACAAUUCAGGGUGACGGACAUCGAGCAGUCCGUCUGCUUCCAGUCCCUCAGUAAAUACCCGCCUCUCCACAACGACAUCUCCUUCUGGCUGCCGGAGAGCAAAGACAGCAAAGACGGGCGAGAGAGCUUCACAGAGAACGACUUCUACGAGCUGGUGCGCUCCAUCGGAGGAGACCUGGUGGAGAAAGUGUCACUGGUGGACGAAUUCACACACCCAAAGUAG